AUGACUGCUGCCACCGCGCAAGACCAACCCGAUCCCCGUCCUCCGCCCGCCAACCAUCUCCGACAGUCGAGCUUCUCGAAGCCCUCACUGUCCUCCUCUCAACCCCGCCACUACUCCAGCCUCUCGCGAAGGACCAACAGCACUGCGCUUCUGGGUGUUCACGAAAGCCCCACGAUGCCACCCAUCCAGCGCCCGAACGGCGCCUCUGCCUUUGCCGAUGCGACGGCGCAACCCUCUCCAUCGACUGCCUAUCCUCCCUCAGGCCUCCAACGAUCCACGAGCCAUGACGAUAGCUCCGCCAGGCGCCCAUCCAGCGCGCCCGGCAACAAACAGAUACCCACUAUCGGUUUCCCAGCCGGAGAGCAAUCCGACUCGGACCGACCGAAACGACCAACCGUGAAGCCGCUGCUCAUGCGGUCCAAGAGCGAAUAUGGAGGCGGCCGACCAGCUCCCGAAGAGGUUGACCAUUCCGACGACGACAUCCCGCAUUGGGGCGCAAGACAUGGUUUCGAGGAGUAUCACGAGUCUCCGGAUGUCAUAGCUGCGCUGGCAAAUAACUGGUACAUGUACUGGACAGACAAACGGCACGAGGCGACCGGCAAACCGAAACGAAGGUCGCACGAGCUACAGGACUGGCGCAUGAGAGACAGGCUGAAGACCGUCUCUGCUGCGUUGGCUGUCUGCCUCAACAUUUCGGUCGAGCCUCCUGAUCAGCUCAAGACCAACCCUGGUGCAAAACUCGAAGCAUGGACGGACCCCACGACGCCUCCUCCUCAAAAAGCCCUCGAAAACAUCGGCAAGGCACUUCAGGCGCAGUACGAAACACUGGCUAUUCGAACCAGGUAUAAACAGUACUUGGAUCCGUCGGUUGAGGAGACCAAGAAGUUCUGCCAGUCUCUGCGUAGGAACGCAAAAGACGAACGAGUUCUGCUUCACUACAAUGGUCAUGGAGUGCCGAAACCCACUGCCAGCGGAGAAAUCUGGGUUUUUAACAAAAAUUAUACGCAGUACAUUCCCGUGUCACUGUACGAUCUUCAGCAAUGGCUACAUGCUCCAACAAUUUAUGUCUGGGAUUGCUCUGAGGCGGGGAACAUUCUCAACAACUACCACCGCUUCGUGGAGAAACAUGAGGAAGAAGAGAACGAGGCUAAGGAGCAGGACAAGAACUAUGAGAAAACAGCUUUCCGGCCCUACAUUCACCUCGCUGCCUGUGGAGUAAAGGAGAAUCUGCCGACCAACCCUCUGCUCCCAGCCGAUCUGUUUACUGCCUGCCUCACCACCCCUAUCGAGAUGGCUCUGUGGUUCUUCGUCCUCCAGAACCCCCUCAAGACCAAUAUCUCACCAGAACGGGCCAAGAAGCUGCCCGGGAGGCUGCAAGAAAGAAGGACUCCUCUUGGUGAGCUCAACUGGAUCUUUACGGCCAUCACAGAUACCAUUGCCUGGACAACAUUACCAAGACACCUCUUCAGGAAGUUUUUCAGACAGGAUCUAAUGGUUGCUGCCUUGUUUCGCAACUUCCUGCUUGCUCAGAGGAUCAUGUCUGUUUAUGGCUGUCAUCCGCAAUCAUUCCCCGAGCUCCCAGAGACACGCCAACAUCCUCUGUGGGCCAGCUGGGAUUUGGCCGUCGACAUGGCGCUGGCGCAGCUGCCUAUGCUGGAGAGAAAGGAGAACGAGGGCAUCGAUUAUGAGUACCAAAACUCGACUUUUUUCACAGAACAGCUUACAGCAUUUGACGUCUACCUUACAAGAGGCGACGCCAUGUCCCAAAGACCCCCUGAACAGCUGCCGGUUGUUCUGCAGGUUCUUCUGAGUCAACAACAUAGAGUGAGAGCUCUGAUACUGCUAGGAAGAUUCCUCGACUUGGGACCUUGGGCUGUUCAGCUCGCCCUGAGUAUCGGCAUCUUCCCCUACGUCCUGAAGUUGCUGCAAUCAGCCGCAGCAGAGUUGAAGCCAGUUAUGGUCUUCAUCUGGACGAGGAUACUGGCUGUUGAUAUCUCAUGCCAGGGUGACCUCAUCAAGGAUAGCGGCUACAACUAUUUCGCUCAGAUUCUGAAGCCAUCUGAAGGCUUGCCAGUCGUCAAUGAAGCAGAGCACAAGGCGAUGUGCGCCUUUAUCCUGUCCAUGCUAUGCAAGGAUCACAGGCCCGGCCAGGGAGUGUGCAACCAAACGGACAUCAUGUCCUACUGUUUAGUACACGUGCAGAACCAUGGUAACAACUUGUUGAGGCACUGGUCUUGCUUGUGCAUCAGCCAGCUGUGGCAGGAGCUUCCUGAGGCAAAAUGGCGUGGCAUUCGGGAGAACGCCCCUGCAAAGCUGUCAUUCUUGACAAAGGAUCCGUGCUGCGAGGUCCGCGCAGCCAUGCUCUAUGCCAUGAGUACUUUCCUGGGCAUCACGGACUUAACUGACGAGGUUGCCCGGAUUGAGGAGUCUAUUGCCUGGACAUUACUAGACAUGGCCAAUGACGGCAGUCCCAUGGUUCGCCGGGAAUUUCUGGUGUUCUUGUCGCGAUUCAUCGUCCGCUUCGAAAGCAAGUUCAUCGUCGCUGCCUAUGAGCAGCUUCUCGAAGAGAGGGAAUACCUGUUGUUUCCCCCAGGUCAAGAUGGCAAUGACCACAAAAUGGGGCUGCACUAUGCUAGGAAAGAGCAUAGGAACGCCGACGGAACUAUCAAGCCCACUGUCCACGGCUUCGCCCACAACACCGUUUUUGCGGCGUGCUGGAAGCAUGCUCUAAUGCUGAACGUUGAUCCCCAUCCUGAGGUUCAGAAAGAUGCUACCAUCAUCGUCGACUAUGUUCAUCAAGCUGUCGCGAAUUCGGCAAUUGGUGAGCAUGCUCAGACGCUGAUUGAUGACAUCCGAAAGAGGGCAAAGCGAGCAUCGACCAAGCAUCACCUGAAUCUGAACCAGCGAAGCAACGCGAUCGGAGUUUCGAACGCCAUGGCUACUCCGCCUCUGGCUUCUCCCAGCUUGCUGCGUCGCACUGCAAGCCUGCUAUUCACAUUACCCAUAUUCGGCAGCGAUGGUAAAGCAGAAUCCAGUGAGAAAUCCAACUUUGCUUCCCCGGCGCCAUCGCCAGGGCUGCAGAGGGUUGGAUCUCAAAAGAACAAGGCCCCCGAACUGGCUGCUGCACCACCAGAACAGAGCGAUCCGACAGCCAUUCACGCCAACUAUCAUAUUGCCAGAGAGCCUGUCUCUGGGGGGUACGUAGAGCGAAACUUGGCAGACGAGAUCAAGUUGCCCGACGAGAACGAGGAUGCUGAAACGCCUGCCCGGCUACCCCUUCAGAGUACCUUUUUUGAAUGGUCAAUCGGCUACUUCACUGAGCCUCAAAUGAAACCUAGCGAGUCAGAUGAGCCUGGAAGCACCGAAUACAACGAGCGGCUUUGGAGGAGAGCUCGAAAUGAUUACAUCCUGACUGAGACACAGCCGCUCAAGCAAUACGCCGGUAGCCAUAAGUGGAACAACCAACUUGGCAUCAUCAACAAUGGCUCUCAGCCCGCCAAGAUGGAAUUUCACCAAUUCGAAGAUCAUCUUGCCGUGGCAGAUGACGGCAAUACCGUCUGCGUCUGGGACUGGAAGAAGCAUGCUCGCCUUAGCAGAUUCUCGAACGGCAACCCAGAAGGAUCAAGAAUCAGCGACAUGAAGUUCAUCAACGAAGACGAUGAAGCUUUCCUUAUGACUGGUUCAUCCGACGGAGUCAUACGCAUAUACCGAAACUACGACACGGACAAGUCCAUCACGCUUGCCUCGGCUUGGCGAGCCCUCACGCACAUGGUGCCCAGCAAUGUCAACUCGGGCAUGGUUUUUGACUGGCAGCAGUCGACUGGCCGUGUGCUAGUGGCUGGCGACGUGCGGGUCAUCCGAGUAUGGUCUGCGGCCCACGAGACAUGCAUUAUGGACAUUCCUGCUCGAUCUGGGUCCUGUGUCACCUCUUUGACCUCGGAUCAGAUGACGGGCAACACGCUCGUGGCUGGAUUUGGAGACGGUGCCGUGCGCGUUUUCGACACUCGUCUUAGAGCACAGGACUCAAUGGUUAAGAAGUGGAAGGACGAGACCGACAGGCAAUGGAUCAAGAGCGUUCACAUGCAACGCGGUGGACAACGAGAGUUGCUCAGCGCGAGCAGGAACGGCAAGGUGAAGCUGUGGGACAUCCGCAUGGACCGGCCACUGCAGGUUUAUCAGACUACGCGGGACACACUUCGGACAGCCAGUACCCACGAACACCUACCGGUGUUUGCUGUUGGUACUUCCGCGCAUGCCGUCAAGGUUUUCAACUUCGACGGACAUGAGUUGUCUCGCGUCGAGCCAUACUCGAGCUUCCUCCAACAGAGCAGGGGAUCUCCGAUUGCUGCCACAUCUUUCCAUCCCCAUCGGCCCGUUCUUGCUUGUGCGGCCCGAGGCGAUCACCACGUGAACUUCUUCACCUGCGAGAAGUCCGAAACGCAUCCCUUGGUUGCUUAG